CAAUCGUUAUCAUUCCUUUCAUUAUCCUUCCCUCUCAUCCUCAUAUUCGAUAUUCAAUACUUCAUAUCCCAUAAUGUCCACCUACACCAUCGCCAGCGGCGACUCAUUAUGGAAAAUCUCCCAAGACCACGGCGUCACUCUCGACGCCCUCAGAGCAGCCAACCCGCAGAUCACCAACCCAGAUCUUAUCUAUCCGGGGCAGCAGCUGAAUAUCCCGGGGUCUGAUCAGCCUCAGCCUCCUCCUCCGGAGAGUCGUGGAAUUCCCGGCGAUGGCGCUAGCCAUUUCUCACCUUCCGAUCCUCCUAUCCACCUUGCUGUCUGUCCUCCGGGCCCGCCGGUUGUUCCAAGCGCUGCUGCUGGAGGAGCACCGCCCGCGGUUCCCCCACGUCCUCCGAUGGCCCGUCCCCCGCCUCCGUGGAUUAAUGUCGGGAGACCGGGGUAUAAGACUGUCGGGUAUUUUACUAAUUGGGGCGUCUACGGCCGCAAUUACCAACCUCAGGAUAUUCCUGCGGAGUAUAUUACCCAUAUUCUCUACUCCUUCGCCAACAUCCGCCCGACUGGCGAAGUCUUCCUAACAGACACCUACUCCGACCUCGAAAAGCACUACCCCAACGACAGCUGGUCCGAGCCCGGCACCAACGCCUACGGGUGCAUCAAGCAACUCUACCUCCUGAAACAACAACACCGCCACCUCAAAACUCUCCUCUCCAUUGGUGGCUGGACCUACAGUCCCAACUUCGCCGCGCCAGCAUCCACCCCCCGCGGGCGCGAAACCUUCGCCCGGAGCGCCGUGCACCUCCUCGCGGACCUGGGCUUCGACGGCAUCGACAUCGAUUGGGAGUAUCCGGCCGAUGCAUCGCAGGCAAAGGACUUUGUUAUUCUACUGAAGGAUGUCAGGCGCGUGCUGGACGAGUACUCCGCUACCCACCUCGGUGGGAAAAGGCUGUUACUGACGAUCGCGGCGCCAUGCGGGCCGGAUAAUAUCCGGAAACUGCGGAUCGGCGAUAUGGACCCGUACUUGGAUUUCUGGAAUCUGAUGUGUUAUGAUUUCAGUGGGAGUUGGGAUAAGAACUCCGGGCAUAUGGCGAAUGUGUUCCAUUCGGGGAGGGGAGAGAUUACCCCAUUUUGUGCGGAUGGGGCGGUGACGAUGUAUUUGAACGGUGGGGUGAGGGAUCCGAGGAAGAUUAUUUUUGGGUUGCCGCUGUAUGGGAGGGCUUUUGAGGGGACGGAUGGGCCUGGAGGUGGGUUCCAGGGGGUUGGGGAGGGGAGUUGGGAGAAUGGAGUGUGGGAUUACAAGGAUUUGCCGUUGAAGGGGAGUAGGGAAGUGGUGGAUCCGAGGUUGAUGGCUAGUUGGUGUCAUGAUCCGGUUAAUAGGAAGAUGGUCAGUUAUGAUACACCGGAGGUGGCGGCUAUGAAGACGGAUUAUGUUGCUAACAGGCAUUUGGGAGGGGCUAUGUGGUGGGAGUUGAGUGGGGACCAUCAUGUCUCGCAUGAGAGGAGCUUGGUCAGGGGGACUGCGGAGAGGUUGGGCAGGUUGGGUGGGUUGGAUGGAACGGAGAAUACGUUGUAUUAUCCGCUGAGUCGGUUUGAAAAUCUGAGGAGAGGGUGUGUUUGAUUCAGUCUAUUUGUAUUGUGUGAACAGUCUGGUAUAUUGAUAUCACAAACGAGUC